GGAUUAGGUGCGUCUUCAGGUUUGUUUUACCACCUUCUUUCUACACACAAGGUUGUAUCAGUUGGAAACAUGUCUCAAGGUGGGUUUUGGAAUGUUACUAAAGUAAAUUACAGUGACGAAACGAAAAAACUUCUAAAUGAACUAGUAAGGGAAGCGAAGAUUUCGAAUUCCUAUCGCCACUCAAUAAAUGCGGUAAUCAGAAAUGGUGAAAGUUUGGGUUGUUAUGACUUAAAAGUACCCACAAGCUGUCAGAAAACGAAAAAGACAAACAAGUCAAACGGGCCCCACAGACCACUCAGACCACAUAAACGAACGAAAUCCUUGAUAGAGCUUAGUGGAGCCUAUGACCCUGUCCCGUAUCACCCUCCUCCUUUAACACUGAAUACGGGUCCUUCUGAAAAACUACGUUUAGCUCACUUAAUGACGUAUGGAGAAGAACCAACCGUGAAUUCUCUGAAAAAUGAUGAAAUUAAAGAUGGAAGAUUAGAAUAUCUAAGUCGGCGUAUAUUGAAGUAUCCAAAAGUAGACGAUGAUAUUGGUCGUGACGAUCGUAAUGAAUCGGAAAACUACAAAAACAGAUUUGAAGAAUGUGAGUGAUUGGUUGUUUCUUGUCAUUAACGAUCCUGAGCAGAACUGUAUGCUAAUUUAGUUAUGUAUAUAUAUAUUCUCACGGAUGGCAUCUUGAUUAUAUUCAGUGUAAUGAGAAUAUGUGAACUGCUGAAUUCAUAUGCUGAGUAUAAAUGGUAAUAGAAUCUUAGAAAUGUAUGAAAAUCUUUUGGAAAGCAUGUUAAGAUUCACUCAUACUCUGUUAGAAGCUAGUGCUUGGUGGUUCAAAUCUCAAUUGACUUGCAACAUUAGUUGGUCAUCAC